AUGAGGCAGGCCACUGCCGUGACGGAGACGGCUCCUGGUGGGGGCUCUCGCCACAGCGGAGGAGCCCUGCAGCGAGAUAGACCAUCUGAUACCAAGAAAGAAAAUGUAUUAGCAUCCUGCAGUGGUGGCAAUGAAGUCAAAUCCACUUUUCCUGACGAUGACUGGGACCCUUUGGCACUAAAGCGCAGAACUAAUGGCAAAGAGAUCGGCAGCACGGACAGGACAGAGUGCGUGCAGCUGUCGUCUCCAGGGAGUCCAGUUCCCAGUGCAGAGAGUACUUACUCUGGGCCAAGUGAGUUUGAAGACGAUAUUGAGUACAGGGACUGGAAUGACACAUACUCCAUACACUUGGCAGAGUCUGAACUGAAGGACGAACGUCUUGUUCAUUUAAAUUUACAAUCAGACCCUGACACCCAGAAAGGAGAAGAGAUGUUUUUUGAUAUUUUGGAACAUCAAGGUAACAAGACUGCAGGCUCAGAAAGGGUCUAUGAGGUUUCAAAAGACGAUUAUAAAGAAACUGCUGACGAUGCGCGGAAGCGUGACGUGGACGAAGACUCGCAGCAGGAAUAUCACAGUGCGGAAGAGCAGGAGUGUCUGAGUAACUGUUUAUCUUUUGACAGAACAAAAACGUUGAGCGUGUCUAAUCUGGAAGUUGUUAAAUUAAGAAAUUCAGGCUAUGAAGUUAAACGUGCGAGCAGUCUAGAAGACAACCAUGUUAAGUUGGAAAGUGGCUCUGUUAUCUCUCUGGAUUCACUUGACAUUUACGAUCAAGAAGAUUCACCUCGUGCCUCCAGGUCUCAGAAUUCUGUUCUGGGGAACGAGCAUCAGGAGCCAGAGCGCGGGGAGUGUGAGGGGCAAGGGACCAGUCUGAUGUACCACACGGCGCUGGACGACACUGUGCUAAGAAGCAGUUCUCUGGGAAACCAAGAGUCUCCAUCUCCCAGUGUUUUCGUGACUCCUCAAAAAACAUUAAAAGCUAAAAUUUAUACUGAAAAAGUGAAAUCUCAAAUUACUAAAAGUAAAGAUUUUUGUGGAAACACAGCCGCUGAGAACAAAAUGUUACAGCACCUGGAAGAUUCUAGCACAUCACCAAAGAACACAGCGUCAGAAACAUUGCUGCAGCCCUGCGGACGUUGUCCAGCUCCCUGGAGCCCUGGGCUGGGGGGUCCGGUCGUUUCUGCCUGUGGAUGUUCACAUUAUGCAAGUAUCCAAGACAGCCCAGACCCGGCCUUCGGUUUUUCUGUUCAGCCGCCAAGGCUUGCGGUUAGAGAUCAUCAGGCAGUGAACGAGGGUGAUUCGCUAACAGUUGCUAAUGGCAGUACCACAAACAAGCCAUGCUUCCGUGGUGUGGAAGAAGCGUGCCCCAAGUCAGAGACAAGCGUAGCAAGGUGCGUGGUCAGAGUUAAUCAGGCAGUGGAUGUCAGCACUGAUUUCAGAGCUCGUUUCACAACCAGCAGGGCUACGAGCGCAAGAGCGUCUGUAGUGUCAGCGUCAACCAAUACGGAGAUAACAAUGAUGAGUAGAAAGCGGCCCAGUGCAAGUCCAAGUGAGAAACAGAGGAGUGUGGCCUGCAGUACAGACUGGCCGUACGGAGAGGACGCGCAGGGGGCGGUGACGGAAUCGUCGGGAGCGUCUGCCGCAGCCGACGGUGUAAAACCUGAUGGGCGUGUCCUGAGUAAGGAUUCUCAGGAACUAAGAAAAACACUUGAUACCACAGACUUAAAGAAACAUCCUGAGAGGGGGCUGCAGGCUCCCGCGGACGCGGAGGGAAGUGCGCCGUCUGCGUGCUGUCAGCGGCUGCUGCAGCGAGCCACGGAGGCAGAGCUGCACCUGCUGGGCGCUCGCUAUCAGCUGUGUCAUCGCCACGGCUGUGACCUCUACAGACUGGUGACGGAGAACAGAGAAGGGCUAAACAGGAAUCUGUCGAGUAGUUCUGCUAAGGAGUUAGGAUCAGCCCUACUGUCUGUUUUGGGAGCCUUAAGACUUAGAUACGCGAGUCUGAAAGAAAAACUACAUCAGGGGAUUCCACUGGAAGAGCUGCCGCCACUGGCAGUGGAGUCAAAAUUAUUAUCCGCCUUCUCUGCCUUCGCCUCCAGGUUAAUGAAAGAAGAACCACGUGUUUUUUCAGGAGCAGAUUCUGAACUAGAUCAUCAAAGUGCACGUGAGGCUGACAUGUCUUCAGGCCUAAAAACGACGCUCUCUCAGAUGUCUCUGUUGCCCGAUGGUAGUCGUCCUAAACAAGAUACAUCACCCAGUAAAGAUGACUUGGAACAUGGUGACACAAAUGUGGACUUCAGUCAGCUGAGACUUGAUGACAGAGACUGCAGCCAUUACCAAGAAGCGAGUGACAACUGGUUUGAUGCUAGAGAGAACCUCACGGGAGCUGACUUCUCAGGAAGACAAGAAAACCAAGUGGAGCAGGAGCAGUGGAAUCCGGGAUUGACACCAGAAUUGAAAAGUGUUGAGCCCUCAGGAAAAGACAGAGGCUUCCUGGUGCAUGUCGGGGGGCUCCGCCCUUCUGUGUCUGAGGCUGAUUUAAGGUCUCAUUUUCAUAAAUACCAAGUUUCUGAAAUUUCAAUCGAUGAUUCUUCAUCCAGUUACAGAUAUGCAUCUCUUGCUUUUAAGAAAAACAGUGACGCCAAGAUGGCUGUGAAGGAGAUGCAUGGGGUAGAGAUCUGUGGGCAAGCAGUGAGCGUGCGGCUUGUCAAAGCGCCUGGAGAGAGUGCGUCACCGCUGUCCCCCACGACGGGGAGCGGAGCUAGCCUGGGUACUCUGGAGAAGAACCCCAAGCAGCAAGCCCCCUUGGCACCCUCUGCCUCCCGGCCGCCCAGAACGAGGCCGCGGCAGGACAGUGAGUGUCUCCCUUUGGACCAGCAAGUCAAGAAGAACUGUAAGCAGAUUGAGUCUGCUAACUUGCUGCCUGAUAUUCCGUUCAUACCUCCAAAUACCUUGAACCUGCGUAGCUUUACCAAGAUCAUGAGGAGACUGGCGGAGCUGCACCCAGAAGUCAGUAGAGACCAUAUCAUAGAUGCUCUUCAGGAAGUGAGGGCAAAUCAUCGCGGCUUCCUGAACGGCUUAUCCAUUAACACCAUCGUGGAGAGGACGUCGUCCGUGCUGAGAGACUCCGCCUCCAGUCCGGAGUGA